AUGCACGACGGGUUCACUCGACUUGGACCCUCGUAUACUGUAACACUGUUGCUCUGGAAUAACUGCGGCUCAUUCUUCUCUUUCGGGGCUCCCCGAGUAUGCGCGUUUUCAGUCAAAGGCCAACAAGCUUUAUCCACAAAACUUGCUAUACGCACUGCCCCAAUGCUGCGUGUUUCCCGCAUGCAUGGGCCACGUCAAUGUCUCUUCAAUGGCACGCUUUCGAUUUGCCACCGGCACGACUUAUGCUUGGGCUUCCAUCUAGAUUUCUGGAACUAUUGUGCGCAUCGUGAGAAGCUCCUUUCAAAGGGUUGCCCAACCAGCGACGGCAUGAGGAUCCUCAUGGCUGUAGAAUCUGCCUGCCACCCGGUAGCACCGCCCUGCACAGUGAUCGUCAUUCAAAAGCCCAAACGUCCAAGACCGCUGAUCCUGGAAAUUCGGCGAGCCAAGUCGAACCGAUUGGAACAUACUGGCUCCAUGAAGAGCACGAGAUUGCAAUCCUUGUUCGCGAUGACGCUGUUCGAGCAAUGGCACCCAGAUUCUGUAGCACAACCGGCUGUUGGUAUUCCGAGAUCCAUAUUUGAAGACAUAUUUUUGGAGAAUCAUCGUGCUUCCUUACCGAGGCGGCUCGCGCAAGCGAUCAAUCGAACAUAUGCGUCGCUUUCUGUUCGGAACCUCUUUACCUUCGAGCCCGCUUCCGCUUGUGCCUUACUUACCCGGUGUCGCUUUAGGCAAGUCAUGACUUGCAGUUCCCAGGAUAAACAAACCUAUUUCUUGCAGCUCCUGCACAACUCGAAGCCCGCUCGAGACUCCGAUCAUGCAUCCCUAACUCCUGAGCGAGAUAUUGGCAUUGAUAUGGAUCGUUACAAAGUCGGAGGACCGCUUUGCAUCCUGAUCGAUUCCUUUGGAUCCAUUGGGAAACUAAUCAGCACAGCAACUGCUCCUCGUCGAUUGAUGCAUCUGCGCGCAGUGUUUCCAUACCCACGGCUCUGCACAAUCACCAUCGUGGUCCCCGGUGCCAAGGACGCCCUGGCGAAUUUUCCGCGUAUUACAAUGGUUCCCACUAGCGGUCAAUCGAAGAUACGCGUGCAUUCGGUAAUACUGGCAAGCGGUGGAUGCACGGUGGACAGCUACCUUCGGGACUCCUUUGAGCCUGUUCCGGAAUUACUUGGCCCUGCAAAGCCUUCUGCGCAGAUCGUUAGCGUUUUUGAGUGUGUGCUGAUCACACAAGAAGGGUACUUCGUUAGCUUCUUUUGCGUGGAAUCUCGCCAGAUCUUCGGGAGGAGGAGUGCUAUGUGCGUGGCCGAGCUUUAUCGUUACAGUGCCGCCAGCUUGCAACGCAGCUCGCUAACGUCGGGAUCUCAUCCUUCCUUGACAGCAAUUAAUGCUAGGGCCACCGCUCUCAUUCAUGGACCGCCUGCGACAAAUGUCAAAGGCGGUAUGGCCCAUGACAAGCAGCCACAGCAACAUCAACAGCCGAACACACCGUCCAAGGCGAAUACCGCUGUCAUUCCCAUCACUGAUAUGCAGCUAUCAGAUACCGCUGGGAGGUAA